GGCAUUCUCCCGCUGGUUCCAUGCAGACCCAACCUGGAUAUGGACUGGUGUGAAACACUGUAAAUAACUAAACAGAUGGAUUCCCAGAACAUGCUUUUGUAUCAGCCUUGCUGUCGCUCCUGCUUUCCUGGUGAACGGGUGCUGCGUUGUGCUGAAGGAGGGGGAAUGCCUCGGCACGUGUAAUGGUACAAUCUCUCUUUUCCAGCGGCAGAAGAUGGCUGACGAAAUUAAAAGUGGUCUGCUCAGAAGAAUAUCCUGCAGAAACCCAUUUCACACUAUCAAAUUCUUUGUUGUAUGUCAGGGAUUCCUGCAGCUCUCUCAGUUGCUGACCUCUGGCUACGUGAGAAGCGCCAUUUCAAGCAUCGAGAAGCGUUUUGGACUCUCGAGCCAGACAUCCGGAAUGGUGGCCUCCUUCAACGAGGUGCCAAACACGAUGCUGAUCAUCUUUGUGAGCUACUUUGGGAGCAGGGUCCACAGGCCUCGCUUCAUUGGCUGCGGCGCCAUCCUGGUCUCCCUGGCUGGAUGCAUCCUUGCUCUUCCUCACUUCAUAAUGGGACCCUAUGAGUACGAUCACUCUCUCUCUGGCCUGUCCAGCAACGCCACAGACAUGUGCCCCGCGAAGCAGGGGGACGCCGCUGCCUCCUCCUCAUUCGGCGAAUGCGCAGAAAGCCGGAGAGAGGACCAGAUGGUGCUGGGGGUGCUGCUGUUCGGGCAGACGCUGCUGGGGCUCGGGGGGGUCCCCAUCCAGCCCUUCGGGAUCUCGUACAUCGACGAUUAUGCCAGCAAGAGCAACUCCCCUCUCUACGUAGGGAUCCUUUUUGCUACAACUGCCAUUGGGCCUGGUCUCGCAUUCAUACUGGGGUCAGUCAUGCUGCGCCUUUAUGUCGACAUCGACAAGGUUUCCGCAUCGGAAAUGCACAUUAACAGCAGCGAUCCACGGUGGGUCGGAGCGUGGUGGCUCGGCUUCAUCAUUGCGGCCGGCGUGGUGGCCAUUGCCGCAAUACCGUAUUUCUUCUUCCCGGAAGAAAUGCCUAGAGAGGAGGAAAGUGCAGAUAUGAGCUUCGCGGAAAUUCACAAGAGAGAUUUAAUGGAGGAGCUCAGAACGAAACCCAAGGAUCUGGAGAACUUUACUCUGAUGCAGUUCAUCAAAAUGUUCCCCGCGGCCUUGCUGAGGAACAUCAGGAACCCCAUCUUCAUCAUGGUCGUCCUGGCGCUGAUCAACCUCUCCAGCAUGGUUGCCGGCAUCGCCACCUUCCUGGCCAAGUUCCUGGAGCAGCAGUUCAGCCUGACAGCGUCCAUCGCCAACAUGAUCAUCGGCACCGUCAAUAUCCCGGGCGCCAUGCUGGGAAUCAUCCUGGGGGGAGCCAUCAUGAAGAACUGCCGCCUCGGCAUCAGGAAGGCCGCCAUCAUGUGCAUCGCCAGCAUGAGCACCUGCCUCCUCUUCUACGUGCCCCUCCUCUUCCUGGGCUGCUCGACCCAGGCGGUUGCCGGCCUUGACAGCUCUGGAAGCUCCGCAGUGGGUCUGCCUGCGGCCGAGUGCAGCCGCCACUGCAACUGCUCCUCCGCCCUGUUCAACCCCGUCUGUGGCCAGAACGGCGUGGAAUACCUCUCCCCGUGCCACGCCGGCUGCUCCGCGCGGAGCUUCAACUACGAGGCCAACAAGGCUGUGAAUUACACUGGAUGCAGCUGCAUUGUCCUGAACGGCACCGCCGGACGCGCGGCCCCCGGGAGCUGCAGCACACGCUGCUCCCACUUCCUGAUGCCCUUCAUUAUGAUCGCCUGCCUCGCCGGGUUCGCCGGGACCCUCACGCACACGCCGUCGUUUGUGGUCAUCCUCAGGAGUGUCAAGCCCGAAGAUAAAUCCUUCGCCAUCGGGAUACAGUUCCUGCUGCUGAGGCUUUUUGCCUGGCUGCCUGCCCCGAUGCUGUACGGCAAGACUAUCGACACGACCUGCCUCCUGUGGCAGACCAAGUGCAACGACCGGGCCGCCUGCAGAUACUACAACAACACGCUCCUGCGGCAAAGGUUUGUCGGGGCACAAAUUUUGUUUGGGGCCUGCUCCUUCUUGUCCUACUGUGUGGUCUACUACAUUGUCCGUCGGAAGGAGAAGCAGGAACGCCGGGAGGAGGCCAUUCAACACAGCUCUCCGGAAUCCGUCCUCGAAUCCGUCGUCGAGUCAAACGUGUGAUCCGUGCGGCAGGAUCCUCGGCCGCUGCUCUGCUCCAUGGAGGGCCAACUCGUCAGCUGAGCCGGAGCCCCGACUGCAAGAGGAGAGGAGGCGGCGGGGCAGGCAAGGCUUCCCCCUGCUGCCUCUGGUUCUGGAACACGCAUCCGUUCGUUCACUUGUACAUACGGCUUCGUGUUCGCCGCCUUGGUGCCGUUUGGGGAAAGGCAAGCCCUGAAUAAACACGUCAACCAGUGGUCAGGAAA